AUCAUGCAUUGUGAUUCAACUGACUUUGUAUAAAGUGAGGCAACUGUGAGGUGUCUGAAUUGUCUUUGAUGCAUGUAAGGAAUGUAUGUAAAUUCAAUUGCAAGCGCCGCCUAAGCACUUUCCGCAUUCUCCGAGCCACUCAUAAGCCCACUCUCGACUGGAUGCAACAACUCAACUGACAACUAGUACGUUUUCUCCAAUGUCGUUUUCUGACCUCUUUUUGCCACAGCAGCCUGGUCUCGGAAUUGGGGAUUUCAAGCACAUCCCAUCUGCCCCAAGUACACAUCUGUUUACAACGCUUCAGCGUAUCGAAGAAUUCUCCAACAAAGAUGUUGAAAUGCAGGCUCCUAUAUCAGAGGAGCUGACUGUCGUCGUCAUUGAUACGAACAUACUGCUGGACAAUCUUGAUGUAAUACGAGCAUUCGUCGCGGAGGUUGAAGAGCAGGGUUUACCUGUAAUGGUGAUCAUCCCGGGUGUCGUGAUUUACGAGCUUGAUGGGCAGAAGAAUCGCGAGAGGCUCUCUUGGUUUGCUCGAAGAGCAUCGUCAUGGUUGCUGAAAAAGGUGAGGGAGCGGAGGUCGGUCAAAGGUCAGGCCUUGGACGAAACGUGCAAGGCCUCGCGAAAUUGGAAGAAGAGGGAUCUGGAUGCCGUAUUAGAAUUUGGUUCUGAACGGAGCAACGACAGUUUGAUCAUCGAUUGCUGCAAAUACUUCCUGCAUAUACGGCAGCGGCGAACAUUUUUGUGCAGCAAGGACAAGCUCUUGACCGUGGAAGCUGAAAGUGAAAAUGUAUUGACUAUAUCACCCAAUCACAACACAUUUUGCAGCCGUGAUAUCGCUCAAGCUCUCUUUGGGUUCGAGGCUUCUCGCUUCAAAUUCAGCGGAUAUCACCCAACAUACCGAAAUUCCUCGGUAAACUUAAUACAAGCGACACCCACGCCAGAGCCAGAUGAUGAUGGAAUGGAUAUUGACGAUGAUUCCUACUCUGUACCUCAGCUACUGCACCCGAGUCACUCACUAGAUCUCCUGCACCUGCAGGUGAUCGAGUACUUCACUGGGUUGCUUCUGGAACUAGUCGCUCGUAUAGCGGGGUCGGAAGUGCAGGGCUUUGGCCGCAAUACUUCCUCAGCAUCGAAGCAUGCUCCGGCCUUCUCGCGGAAGAGUUUCGACACGUGGGGUGCCCUAGAAUGUUUGGAUUACUUAGGCACGAAGAAACGCCUGCCUAGGACGAGUCCACGGGUGGAUAUCUUUAUGACGAAACCGUACGAAGGUGUGGGGGCACGGAGGGGCCAAGAUUGGUCCCGACGGGACUGGGAGACGGCGAUGAAGGGGCUGAGGGAAAUUGGCGAUGACUGGCAAGAAGGAUCUAUUCGCGAGUCUGUUCCUGCCGCAGAACUUCACAUGAGCCGUAUAUUUGCAAUUCCGAUGCGGCCAACUGGGCUGUGACCGAGGUCUGCCCGCAGCAUGUUAGCACCAUGAGGCUGUAGCACCUGAGAUAAACUAUGUUUAUGGGUACAUGUUGACUUGACAAGAUGUUUGAAUGAUAAUCCAAAUUUGGUAAGGGUAGAAAUGAACCUUCUGUUCUCGGUU